UUUUGACCAAAUUAGUCACAGUUAAAAUGACAGAUACUACACAUAUUGUUGAUGAUUAAUUGCGAGCAAAUUUUGUUUACGUCAUAAGAUGUGGGCGUGGCAUGGCACCGAUUUUUGCUCUGGUGGUUUUUGGCCGUUUUUUUGUGGGGGAAAAAAGGGAUCGUACUUUUACGUACUCCUCCUAGGGACUUUGACCAAAUGAGUCGCGGUUAAAAUUCCCGAUACUGCAAAUAUUGGUGAUGAUAAAUUACAAACACGUUUUGCCUGUGUCAUAGGAUGUGGGCGUGGCAUGCCGCCAAACUUUGCUCUGAUGAUUCGCCACGACUCAUGAAAGGUUGAUAACUCUGCUCCACAAAUUCAGAUCUUGAUCUGAUUAGGUAGAAAUGAUGAUGAUGACACUUCAAAGUUCUCGCUGGGUUAGUACCUGUUCCUACCUACUCGUAGUGGGCGGAGCCUAGUGGCGAAAACCGCCCCAGGCCAUCGCCAAUCUGACUGUCAUUUCUGCACUUAAUCUGAUCAAAGACUGAUACUAAACUGAUGCAAAAGCGCCAAUCUUACUGAAUGUUUUGGUGGUGAAUAAAUGGCAAUGUUUCUUGCAAGACUUUGGCGUUUUCAGUGCGUGUUGAAGGUGUAGGAAAGGAUGCGGGCGGACCAGCUGACAUCACAGCAAGAGAGAGCGAGGGAGAGAGAGCAAACGUUGAAGACUAGAGAAGGACUUCUCACAAGCGUCCCAUCCGGCUGCUAAGGUUUUGGUGAGAAAAUUGUGGUAAAAAGUCGCCUCUUACCGGAGAUCAGCGGAGCUUGCGCCGUCCAUGCAGCUGCCGUGACUUCCAUCAGAGACUGGCGUCAACACACCCGUGGACACACCCCUCCGACUAUCAGGACCCAAACACCCGGAGCGUGUCAGAAGAAGAAAGGACUUGAAGGCGGGCGAGCGAGUGAGCGAGGAGCAGGACUCUGGUGCCGAGGCUGGAAUGAGGCAAGCGUGCACACAGACCAUGUGGUGUUUGACGCUGCUCUUACCGCUCCUGUUAAUCAUCAAUGACGUCGCUUCCCAGUGGACCGUUUGGUUACCGCGGGACAUCUCGGCCAUGACCAACACAUGCGUUGUCAUCCCAUGCACGUUCAUGUACCCGUCCGGCGUCCGGCCAUACCGUGGUGUUCACGGCGUCUGGUAUUAUGGCCAGCCCUACCCUCAACUCUUUCCGCCGGUCGUGGCCAAGUCGCGCACGGAUGUCGUGCAUGAGAGCUACAAGGGUCGCACCAAAUUGCUGGGGGACCUCCAACAGAGGAACUGCACCUUGCUCAUCAACAGCGUCGGACCAGAGCACUCAGGGAGAUACUACUUCCGGGCAGACCUGGGCGGGGCAAACAUGUACACCUUUCCGGACUUUGCUGAACUGAAAGUUCUGGAACAACCCAGCAUCGACGUCCCAGAGGAGAUAGUCAGCGACGAGAGUCUGGAGCUGACAUGCUACGCUCCUGAUAACUGCCCCGACUUGACCCCUGAGAUCCAGUGGAUGUACACAGACUACCUGCCAGACCCGGAGUUCAGCUCUGACUACGUGGAGGAGGGCAACACCGCGGUGGUGUCCAGUACCCUGACAUUUACGCCCAGGCCGGUGCACAACGGGCAGUUGCUGGGCUGCAGGGUUUACUACCCCAACACCACGCUUGUCUACGAGAGGCUGGUCACUCUGGACAUCAAGUAUGCUCCACGCUCAGUGUGGGUAAACGUCUCCUCAGAGGUGAUGGAGGGAAACUCUGUGACUCUGCAUUGCGAGGUGGACAGUAACCCUGCACCCAGGAUCUCCUGGAAGUUCGGAGACCAGGAAUUGAUGUGGGACACGGAGUCCAACCUCUCUCUUACCUUAAAUGACGUAACCCCUGCAGAAGAAGGAGUCUACACCUGCAUCGGGGACAACGGCUUCGGCGUCAUGAACACGUCUCUCUACUUGGCCGUCAAGUAUCCUCCCCGCGAACCCAUUGUCAACAACUCCAUGACGGUUCUGGAGGGAACCUCGCUCGCCCUGCACUGCAGCACUCAGGGUAGCCCGGCACCGACACUUACCUGGCUGAAGGACGGGGAACUGGUGGGCAUGAUCACUGCGGAUGAGCUGUCAGUGCUGGAGCUGGAGGGCAUCACUCCACAGGGAGACGGGCAGUACCGCUGCCUGGCUGAGAACGAGCACGGCCGGGCCAGCAGCUCCCUGAACAUCACAGUGGAGUACGCUCCAGUUCUUCUGGAAGAGUCCAAAUGUACCGUGGUGAGGGAGGGCGUCCAGUGUGUCUGCAUGGCCACAGGAAACCCGGAACCCACCAUCGAGUUCUACCUACCUGACUUGAACAUCACCAUCAACGAAACAGACGGCCGGUACAACUUCUACACGCACACGGACGGCCAGACCUCCACCGGAAUGAUCAAGCUGCGGGAGAAGGGCGAGCGAGUAAACAACAACGGUCCUGCCGUCAACGUCCAUUGCAGCAUCUCCAACGUGUACGGAAGAGAGAGCAUUCUCCUGGAGCUCCAACAGGAGAAAAAGUACUUGAUGGCCGUGAUCGUGGGCACCAUCGGAGGAGUGGCGGUCAUCGCCUUCAUCAUCGCAGCAGUCCGAUACGUGGGCCACAACAACAAGAAAGACAAUGGCUACCCUAGGCAGGACGUGGUACUGGAGAACCCCGCUUUGUACUACAGCGCAGCCAAGAAGGACAAACAAAAUCUGAGGAAGAAAGUGCUUAAGACAGAGCUGUUGGGCUCAAAGUUUAACUCCAUUCUAGAGGAGACCACGGGAGAAGACGGGGAUUUCCACCCUCCGGGCUCUCUGGAAGGAAUGGAGAGGCGAGAGCUGAACUACGCCGCUCUGGAGUUUGGUGGGGCCAGGCCCAGGGAGGGGGCCUCGGGGAGGGGGGAUGACGGGGGCAGCUACGCGGAAAUCAAAGCCAAAUGAAACGCGAUCCUUCCCUGAUGCCUCGGCCACGCGAGACGCAGCGCAACACAAACCCCGCCCACCGACCUCCUGCCUGCCACAAACACUCUGAUUCGGUUUUCUUUUCCUCAGAUUGUCUCAAUGCUAAACAGUCGACCUACCGGAAAUCGAAAAAGAAAAAUGUUUCCCUGUCUGUCUCCUUGUCUUUGUCUUUGUGUCUGCUGCCAGCCAAGGCAUGAAGGGAAGAAGAAACCUUCACUUGAGAUGGGUUCCUCCCCUACGGGAGACCUAAGAAGUCAAACACUCAAACUUGGAAUUUGUUAUUUGGAAAGCAAACUAAACUGACCUUUUAGGGCUUCCGUACUCGUGUCCCGUUACAUUUCGAGUGAAGAGAAACAUGGAACUUGUAAAGGGGGUGAAUCUUUGGGGCACCUAACAAUUCGAUCCCAUUCCGAUUCCGAGAGUGACGAUUCGAUUCAGAAUCGAUUCUCUAUUUAACCCAAUCCUCGCAAUGUAUUAUUUAUUAUAAUAGUUGUAAUAACAAUUUUUCACAACAGGUUAAAUGUUAUUCUAUAUUUUAUAUAUCCAUUUUCUAACGGAUAUAUGAAUAUAUAUAU